AACAGGGUGCAACACCAUCUGGGACGAACGACCCUAUGAUGGUGGUGUCUGCUCUCGCGGGCUGAUGCAAUAUCUAUACCAUCAGCGUCAAAGACCUGCAGUGAGUAUAAAUGUGGUUUUCUUGCAAAAAUACUUCGUGAUCCUCUGUACUACCUGGCUUCCCUAUCCUUCAAGAUUCAUGGAUAAUGUAACUAGAAUGAUAAUAGCAUUGCUUAUUGGAGGAAGUUCGUUUCAGAAUAUUACUCUCCCCGUGCUAAAAAGAGGUGGUGUUUGUCUCUAUAUGACAAUGUUGGGCACCAUACGUUAUGGGUAUUUCCCCAGGAUGCAUGGCAAUGUGAUAUUUGUGGUUCAAAAUCUGGAAGAGGUUUUGGUCAUUUCAGGCUCCUGCUGGUGCCAUUGACUCUUGUGCUG